ACAAGUCCUUGAGCUUUCCAGCUAGGAGAAGAUGAAAUGGAGAAAGUGGUAUCUGGAGUCUUAUCUGAUUCAAUAAAGAGUGUGUGGAUACCAGAGGAAAUCCUUUGAUCACGUUCAAAAUGCGUGCGGUGCCCUUUCACUCUCUCUAAACAGGCGAAGACGAGGCACUGACGGAGGCAUGUGACGGAUAUUAUGGCUUACAGCAGGCGUUCGCCUCUCAGGAGCCGACAGCUGGCCGACUCAUGCAGUCCUGUAGCCGGGGCCCCCGAGCCUGAGCUCCACCCACCUCACACAGCAUACCUUUUGACUUCAUGAAGAUCCCUGACCUUGGUGAUGUAAUGAAUAAAUUUGAAGUCCUUGGGAUUGUGGGUGAAGGUGCCUAUGGUGUUGUUCUGAAGUGCCGACACAAGGACACCAAUGAAAUUGUGGCCAUUAAGAAAUUCAAGGACAGCGAAGAAAAUGAAGAGGUCAAAGAAACGACCCUGCGGGAGCUCAAAAUGCUCCGCACGCUCAAGCAGGAGAAUAUUGUUGAGCUGAAAGAAGCCUUCCGCCGAAGAGGGAAGCUGUACCUUGUUUUCGAAUAUGUGGAGAAGAAUAUGCUCGAACUGCUCGAGGAGUUACCAAACGGUGUGCCGAGUGAAAAAGCGCGCAGCUACAUCUUCCAGCUAAUCAAAGCAAUUCACUGGUGCCAUAAGCAUGACAUUGUUCACCGAGACAUAAAGCCAGAAAACCUUCUCAUCAGCUCCGAUGACGUCCUCAAGUUAUGUGACUUCGGCUUUGCACGUAAUCUCUCUGAGGGGACUGACGCCAAUUACACCGAGUAUGUGGCCACUAGAUGGUACCGGUCUCCGGAGCUCCUGCUCGGGGCUCCUUACGGGAAGGCGGUGGACAUGUGGUCAGUGGGCUGCAUCUUAGGAGAGCUGAGUGACGGGCAGCCGCUGUUCCCGGGAGAGAGCGAGAUCGACCAGCUCUUUACCAUCCAGAAAGUGCUGGGACCCCUGCCACCAGAGCAGAUGAAGCUCUUCUAUAACAACCCUCGCUUCCACGGGCUGAGGUUUCCUACUGUGAGUCACCCUCAAACCUUGGAGCGGAGAUACCUGGGAAUCAUCGACGCAGCCCUGCUCGACCUGCUGAAGAACAUGCUGCUCCUGAACCCCACCGAGCGCUUUCUCACAGAGCAGAGCCUGAACCACCACGCCUUCCAGACCCUGCGGAUGGUGGAGCGGCCUGGGCCACCCACACCCACACCUGUACGCUCCUCUAAGAGAAAACCUCACCACGGAGACAACACUACCCCCAGCAGGAGCCAUGGGGGAAAGAGCUCAGGAAGCCACCGCUCCAGCAGCAGAGAGUGCUCCAGCUUACCCCGACAUGAAGACCUCCACCCCAACAACGACAGCUUUCUCAACGGCAACAUGUCUGCAGCCAUCAACCUCAGCCCCACACUGCAUCCUAAGAACUACCAGCCGCAGAUCUUCAACCACUCCACCGCCUGCAGCAUGGACCUGGCCAGCAGCAACCUGCCUCAUCUGCUCAGCCCCGGUGAGACCAAGUCCAAGGGCGACUUUGAGAUGAACUUGGGGUCCAAGGUGUCAGAUGGCCCAGGGGCGAAGUACCUCAAAUCCAACUUCCGCUCACAGCAGAACCGCCACUCUUUUGUAGAAGGGAAGACCAACACGCUUCAGUCAGGGGACAAACACAGCCGACACAACUACAUGGAGUCCCACAGCUCCACGCCAUCCUCCUCUAAGUUUGCCUACCUGAACUUGUCCAAGAGCUAUGGCACGCUUAGCGAUGCCAAGUCAGUGGGGAACUUAAAUGAUGUGCAUCUUUAUGCAGAUGAACCCACGUCUCGCUAUUUUCCUUCCAGCUGCCUCGACCUCACAGCUCCGGGCAGCCCAGCGGCCCGCCGAGUGGAGAGGCUGGGACCUGGCACAGGUGGCCGAGGAAGCAUGCGCUCAGAGAGAGAGAGCAACACUCUGGACUCCUCCUACAGGCGCUCCUCCACCCGCCAUAAAACUUCAGAGGAGUCCAAGUCACCAGACUCCCUGGAUCCCGGGGAGAGCGAAAGGAGCCAUUCCCAUUCUCUCUCUGCCCCACAUGACCCUCUGUCUUAUGGUCAGGGAUACACCAGCCCCUUCUCCUCCCAGCAGAGGCCACACCGCCACUCCAUGUACGUACGGAGGGAUCACCAGAGGACGCACGGGGGAGACGAGGGACUGUUGGUCGGGCAGGGAAUACCCACCAGAGCCAGCAGCCUCCAGCUCCUGUCCCCACAGCUGCAGCACCGCACACUGCCUCGCCACUCUGGGGGCUCCUCCAGAGAAGAAGACAUGAGCAGGAACGAACAGGCACCCACUGAGGUCACCCACAGCAGACCUCCAAUAAGGGACUCCACAAGGGACAACACCGCAUCUUUUCACACACAGCGGAAAAAAAGCGAGGUUGGCUUAUAUCAUGACCAGCAAACAGAAGAUGGAGGUUCUUCCAAAGAGAACCGCAACAUCUACAGCGAAUCCAUGCCAAGGCGGGUGGGCAGCUUCUACAGAGUCCCGUCUCCCCGGCCAGACAAUUCCUUCCACGACAGCCGGGGUCAGAGUCGGGGCUCGGGCUUGUCUGGCGACGGCGGCAGUUUGGCGAAUCACUCCAAACGACAGCCGGCGUUUGACCCCUGGACUGGCCCAGAUACUGUAGUCUUGAGUGCCUCUGAGCCUUCCAAAGAAAAGGAGAAGCAGGGUUUCUUCAGAGCAAUAAAGAAGAAAAAGAAGAAAUCUCAGAUGAUGGAAGUCCCUGAUGGAAGGCCUCCUGUCAUCAAGAAAUGUCUUUUCCCUCUGUUUAGCCCAAAGAAUAACAUAAAGCAUAGUUCCUCUGUGAGAGUCCUCCCUGUAGUGUCCUCUCCCAUGGUUUCCAGUGAAGGCGUGGAUACGGUCAUCCAAAAGUCCUCCAGGUCUUCAAGUCACCAGAGCAACCGCCACAGGUCACGUGACAAGAGCAGAGACCGGGACCAAGACCGAGACAGGGACAAGGACUGGCCGCCUGAGAAACUGUCCGAUUCACACUCUUCGAGCCAACCGCUGAAGUCGCUGCGCAAGCUCCUGCACCUUUCCUCCUCAUCGUCCAACCAGACCGCAUCUUCUGACAUGCGCUACCAGCCGCUGCCUAACUCAUCCUCUGCUCAAGGCGGUUUCACCGAGAGCCGGGGUCACUCAGGGGUCAGCACGCCCCAGCUCAAGGCCCGACAGUCAGCGUACCCGCUGCCCGGACAGCUGGAUUCGGGCUGGCACACGUCCGCCCUGGGCCGCCCCGAGGGCAACCCCUACCCGGAGCAAAUGAGCAUCAAAGGAGGCCAGAACGGGCACGGCUUCGGACGCCCGUCCAGAUCUCGUAUGCCAAAUCUCAACGACCUGAAAGAGACAGCUCUGUGAUCUCCAGCGCCCCACUGCUCUCACGCGUGUGUCAGACUCCUCUGUUACCACCUCCCUCCUGUAACACCUGCUCCACACACACACACACACACACACACACCAAACCAUCAGUUCAAACACUGCUUGCAAACAGGCCAAAAGCCUUUUUACGUCCAGAUUUUUUUAAAGCUUCCAUGUUUGAUAGACUUUAUAUUAAUACCUAUGUAAUUCUGAUUAUAAUUUGUAUUAUAAAGUAAAUAAAUUACAAAUUCAGUGUAUAUAUAUAUAAAUGGAUAGAUAAAGUGUAGAUUUUAAGUGUAAGUAUUUUUGUUUCUAUUAAAUAUAGAAAUAUAGUACAUUUUACUGCGUAGUAUUAUUUAAGACUAAUCUAAGGCAUUCGAAGCAAAUGCAGUUUUAUCAGUUGUUACAAUAGAGAUUGGUAAUGUCAGUAUCUCGUGUUCAUCUCGUCCAGGAUUGUAAUUCUGUGUCCAAGCUGUCUUGCCUAUGGAUGUGCUCUGUCAGACUGGUUACAGACGCUCAAAUGUGCAACUGCGAGCCAGUGCAGCCGUGUUGAAAUCUAGCUAAAACCUGUGCAGUUUCUCUGAGCUGAAAUUGACAAUCUAAAAGCUUACGUUUUAUUGCUCUUUUCCUUCUUUCUUUUUUCUGAAAAGAUUUUAGGUUUUCCGUCUUAAGUGCAGCCAUUUUAGAAACUACGGUGCCAUCAACUAACAGAAAGCCUAACCUACAUCGCCCUCUGUGGGAGAUAUCGAAGCACUGCAUUUCCUGUUUUCUGACUGAGAUUGUCAGGCACAUUUAGACUUUUCCAUGCACUGUAUGUGUAAAUGACCAUUUGCAUAAUAUAAACCAAUGUUACGCAAAUAGAGCAAACCUCACAGUUUAAAACAAAUGUGUAUCUAUACAAAGGAGAUGCAGGAGCGUUAACGUGCCCUUACGGAUGAAUUAUAACGUGUUCAAAUGUUCUGCAAUGCUUUGAGCAAACGUCAACAAACAUCUGCAGCUGAUAACGAAGGAAGUGGCUUUUCUCUGAAAACUACAGGAUUCAAUAAAGACUCUGUUGUUUGAUUUUAUUUUAUUUUUUAAACUUCCAAGUGGUUCUGCUUGUUUGACCAGUUAAAAACAUGUAGAAAUGCACCCAAAAAAAAAAACCAUUUAAAGUUUAACUGCUGUAAAUGUAGAUUUCUUUAUUUUUUAGGAGGUAACAGCAGUUAGAGGAACACAUAAGCCAUUCUGGGUGUAUGUGGUACAAUGACUCCCAGCCUGUGAAAAUAACCCAAGCACCACUCCUCCACCUGUUAGCUAUUUAACUCCACACAUUACAAUAUUUAAAAGUGGAUAUUACAAGUUUUCUUUGUUUAAUACACUUAAACUGUCAAUAUUAGGGUAAUGGAACAGCAUCUCUUUUAGUAACCCUUUUAGCCAGACUGACUGACUGACCAGAUGUUUCUGCCAUUCAUACGUCCAUUUACUUGAUUUAUAUACAUUCAGUUUUUCUACCAAGCACAUUUUCCUUAAAUAUCAAUUAUAUGAGUAAUUAAACCUUUGAUUUUGUUAAUUUCAGCUGCAUUCUACUCCAAAUGAUUACUUCAUGUUUAUUGAGGGUAAAUAAUAAUUUUGUUUUGAGUUUACACUUAGCUGUUUCAACUAUUUAUCCAUUAUUUUAAUUACUUCCACCUAACCAUCCAUUUAAAAGCUCCAGCUUUUUCAGCUAGUUUAAUGUUUUCCAGCUGCUAUUUUCCCAUUUAUUAAAUACUUUAAGCUGAACUAUUUUUCACAUUUAUCUAUUUCUCUGUUUUCAACCGUUAUUCCACUAUUAGCCGUUCCAGCUAUUAGUUGAACGUCAUCAGCCGUUAUAUUUUUUUAUUUUUUUGCAACAGUUUCUUUUCUUCUUCUCUUUUUUAAUUGAAGCUAAAAUAUGCUUAUCCCAGCCAAUUAUCGAUGUACUCUGGCCUUUUCUUUCUUUAGCCAUUUCACCAUCGCCCCCCUGUUUUCUGACUGAGGUCGGCUUUCCUUUAACAUUAACCGUUCGCCCAUUUCUUUCCACAGCUGUAGUAUUUCUUUCAGCUGCAGCAUCCUCGCCCUGGUUGGGAAUCACUGUACUGCUGUAUUUUUAACUGUUUGCACACACUGAACCACUUGGGAUAUGCUUUGGAGAAAUCUUAAAAUGGAAAGGCAGCGGGGGGGCAGAAUCUGUACUGUAACGUUGUUUUUCUGUUGGAAAUAAAGUGCCAUGAGAGUAGCUUGGCAGAAAUAAAUCCUAACCUUUUUAAUGUUGCACUUUGAAGAGACUACGUGGCUCAGCAAUAUUGCUCUGUAAAUUCUUCCUCACUUUCAUGUUCGUGUGCGCAGUGUGUGAAUAUUGAAAGACGAGGGAGGGGGGGGGGCCCCCGCCGGCUCCUGCUGUAACGCGCUGAGCCCAGACAUGACCGUGUCGUAUUGUGUGUGUGGUGCAUCUGUAAGGACUGUGCACACUCUGUACUUGACACGAUACGUUUCUCUCUUUGGAUUAUUGUUUCGCUGAAGGAGCACCGUGUAUUAUAUUAAUACUGAUGUGUGACUACUUGUUUGGUAAUAUUUAUAACAGAGGAUGUUUAUCAACUGUUUAAAUGAAAUCAAGUAUUAAGUUUGUGCUUUUAUUACAGACACAAAUUAGUAGCAUAGUCAGUGUUUAUCUGCUUUUUUUUUCCAACAGAGCAUUUACAUGACAGCAUAAACUCC